UUUGCAGGCUUUUGCGUCAUGGAGCGGGAUCUGCUUUGCGCCCUCGUUCUGCUGGCGGCUUUAGGGGGAGUGGCCGCGGGGACCGAGAAGGUACCGAGGAAGGACACCUUCCAAAGCCUGGAGCAACUCCUCGGAGAGGAAGAUUUUUUCUCUCCAGACGAAAUCUGGCUGGACGACGAACUUUCCUUCUCUGAUAGCCCAUUGAUGGCGUACCUUGACAACGACGAGGUUGAAGGGAUAGACUGGUCCGGACCCGUGAACGGAGUUGACUGGGACGUGAAUAUUAUCAUCAUCAUACUCGUUGCUGCUGAAAUUGUUUGUUUUGGGCUCUGCUUGUACCACCCCAAAUUGCGACAUUUCUUGAGGUCCUGCUGCAUGCGAUGCCAUCAGUGGUGGUGUCAGUACCUUUGCGUUCCUUCGGUGACCCGUGUCCUCGAUAUUCCUCCGCCUUACCAUGGCUGCAAGCGCAGAGCUCCACCACUCUCUGCAGCUGCAGUUCUUCAGGUCAUCAUGAUGUCCCCCUCUUCCUCAAAUGCUGCAAGUGAUGGAACUCCAUGGGAAGAAGGGGUUCGCUUGCCUCCAGUGACCAGUGAAGACAGAGCUCGCCGUACUUCUCGCCAUAUCCCAGACAUCUUAGGAGUCAACAUAGUCUAGACAAUUGUGUACUUGGCCAUCUUCUAAUAGAGAGGUUUGGUGCACCUACCAAAGCAGAAGUAGUUUGGUGCUUAGUAGUUACAGACCUCUUUCAAGAUCAGGGAACGGAUUCAGCUUUAUGAGAUUUGUACUUUUAGCUGUAUGUUUUGACUAGGCCCCUUCUAAAUGUGGUGAUUUUUUUCGUUCCAAUACUUUUGCUUAACAUUCUUAAAGACAAGAUACUGACGUGUU